AUGACAUCAUAUCAACCUUUUCAAUUAGAAGAUUUGUAUAAUAUCAAUUCUAUUAAUUUAGAUCCAUUGACGGAGAAUUAUACCUUGGAAUUCUAUUUUGAUUAUCUCAUUAGAUGGCCAUCAUUGUUUUUUAAAUCGGUUUCUCACGAUACUAUAACAGGUUAUAUGAUCGCAAAGAAUGAAGGGAAAUUAUCCAAAUUAGAAUGGCAUACACAUAUUUCAGCUGUAACUAUAGAUUAUCGAUAUAGAAGGUUGGGAUUGGCUUCGGACAUUUGUCUUUUCUUGGAGAAUAUUGUUAAUAAAGAUCCUGAUAAUACAUUAUUCAUAGAUUUGUUUGUUAGAGUGCAGAAUCUUUUGGCUAUACAAUUGUAUGAAAAAUUGGGAUAUUCUGUAUAUAGACGUGUUGUGGGUUAUUAUGGUAAGACGUUACCUGAGGAUAGAAAUCAAAUCGAUGAUGAAAUUGAUGGGUUUGAUAUGAGGAAGAAAUUACCUGCUGAUAAAGAGGGAAAGACAGUUAGAGAGAAUGGUCAUAAGGUUUAUGCAUUACCACAAGAGAUAGUUUUUUAA